AGUUGUUGUGUUUCGUAUAUGUAUUUAUGAGCGGACCCGUUUAUUCGACAAAACUUCACUUCUUUGGGCCGAUGUUCAUUCAUUCAGAACGCACUGCUCAUUAGUACUGUUCAGAGGUGAUUUGACUUUGUCCAUAUUAUAACACCGAACGGAAAGCAACCUACGAAAAGCGACCAGUGUGUCAGUGUGUACCACGAACCACUUGCAGCGAGAGCUAUGGAAUAAAAGGGAACAACAAUAAUACAAUUUUGACCCAUAAGCCGAAAACAUAUUUCCAAUAGCGUUCCGUGUUUUUCAGUGUGGGGUUUUUGUGUGUGCAGGAGUUGUUUGAAAAAUCUUAUUGAUUAGUGUUGAUCAGUGCUUUAUCUCCGUAUAGAAUGUAAACAAGAAGAAAAUUGCUGACAAAGAAGGCAAGUUCAAUUUAUUCUCCAACAAUUUUUUUUCUAAGUGGUGACAUAUUCUGAAGAAUAUUGGAAGUGUGUGAAUUCAAGUGAGGUGUAAAAACCUCACGAGUGCAAUUUUAGUUAGGUCAACAGAAUAAAAUCAACUUAGAAUCGUUCUUGACAAAGAAAAGGAAGCAUAGAAAAUGAGUGCAGAAGCUGAGCUUCGACGACGGAAUAUUGGCGACGGAGAUUCCUUAGGAGAAUCUCAGCUCAAGCCGGAAGAUAUUAGCAAGCAGCCCCCACAAGAAUCGAACACAGCUGAAAGUUCUGAUCAUGUCGACUCAGAAGAGGAGAAAUUACCAGAAGAAAAAUAUGUUGAAGAAAUGUCCAAAACUCUUCCUCAGGGGACAAAUAAAACCCCAGAAGUCCUCGGCCAAGCACUGAGUGGACUACCAGACAGAUGGAGAAACUGGGUGAUACGGGGUAUUUUCACAAUGAUCAUGAUAUGUGGCUUCUGUCUCAUUAUCUAUGGUGGACCGCUGGCGUUGAUGGUUACGGUUUUUGCAGUGCAGGUGAAAUGUUUCGAGGAAAUCAUAUCCAUCGGGUACUCCGUGUACCGAAUCCACGGCUUGCCAUGGUUCCGCAGCUUAUCUUGGUACUUCCUGGCGACGUCUAAUUACUUCUUCUACGGAGAGCACCUGAUUGAUUAUUUUGGUGUGGCUGUUAACCGAGUGGACUCUCUUCGCUUUCUAGUCAAAUACCACCGCUUCCUUUCGUUCUGUCUGUACUGCAUCGGCUUUGUGUGGUUUGUUCUGUCGCUCGUCAAGAAGUACUACAUCAAGCAGUUCAGUCUGUUUGCAUGGACACACGUUGCCCUGUUGAUUGUGGUCACGCAAAGCUUCCUGGUCAUCCUGAACAUCUUUGAGGGACUGAUUUGGUUUAUUGUGCCGGUCUCGAUGAUCGUCUGUAACGAUGUGAUGGCGUAUAUGUUUGGUUUCUUCUUCGGCCGUACGCCGCUGAUCAAACUUAGCCCGAAGAAAACCUGGGAAGGAUUCAUCGGUGGUGGCUUCGCGACCGUUGUGUUCGGGUUGUUGUUCUCGUACUGGCUGUGCCGCUAUCAGUACUUUGUCUGUCCCAUUCAGUAUUCCGAGAGUGCUGGCCGAAUGACGAUUGAGUGCGAACCGAGCUAUUUGUUCCGGCCGCAGGAAUAUAGCAUCGAUAUGUUGCUGCCGUUUUUGUCAUCCAAAUCGAUCACGAUGUAUCCAUUUAUGCUUCACUCGCUGUCGUUGAGUAUUUUCAGCUCUGUGAUUGGACCGUUUGGAGGAUUUUUCGCGUCGGGAUUCAAGCGGGCAUUCAAGAUCAAGGACUUUGGAGACAUGAUUCCCGGACACGGUGGUAUAAUGGAUCGUUUUGACUGCCAGUUUUUGAUGGCAACAUUCGUCAAUGUGUACAUUUCCAGCUUCAUUCGCUCGGCUUCGCCGCAGAAACUCUUAAACAUGGUUUUCAGUCUCAAACCAGAACAACAGCUGCAGCUGUUUAACCAGUUAAAGGAAAGUCUUGAGGAGCGAAAUAUCAUCAAUCUGAUUUAAGAUAGUCUCUCAUCGUCGUGAGCGGGAUAUGCAGCGUAUAUGAACGAACUAACAUUGCAAUAUUACAUACAUGAAAUUUAAAUAUAUUCAUCAACAAACUACAUUCACAGGACACAUAAACACAUUCGUUUCAAGCGAAGGGCAUUGCGACAAAUGGAUUGAAUCAUAGAAGAAUUACGAAGUUGAAAUCAAAUCCAUUUUUUAUCCCCGUUUGGGGGUGUACCAGCGUCGUAAAUAGACGCGAUUGUUAUGUUAGUGUUGUAUAAGUUCUUUUUAUCUGUAAUUGACGUGAGUUUAUGAGAAAUUUAUAUGAAAUCUAAUGGUUGACCGGCGCCAAGUUUCCAAUGAUUUCAUCAUGGCUUAGUAUUUCAGGAAAAAACGCCGUUCGAAACACUUAUUGUUAUCGACUAUUACUAUUUAAUUGAUGGUAAGCUUUGGCAAAUAAAAUACCUGAUAAUCGCCUUUUCAACGUAUGUUAUAUACACUCGAACUGUAACUAGAGCAUUGACGCUUCUUUAAAAGUGCAGGGUAUGGUGUACAUUCCGAACUUGCUGUGAAAAUUGUCGUUAAUUUCCAUAGCGACCUCAAGUAUGCGUUUUGUUCCUGCUUUCUUCGAAAAAUGUUAGAUAAACCAACCAAAACACGGAAGCAAUUGGUGAAAAAAUCACCAAUCAGACGAUAUCGUUUCUCUUCUCGAAUCCAACUGUGAACAUAAUCCAUUUAAAUCAUUGUGCAAUUCACUCGAUUGGAAUUCUUAAAAAGUCAUCAAUUAUGUGUUUUUUACACGUAAAAUUUUGUUCGAAAACUCAAAAAUUUUACAAAUACAUCAAUUUGCAAUAGUUCUCAAGCUUUAUUGUUUUCACCCCACAGCUGGUUUUAGGAUUACUAUUAGAUUAUCUACGUUGUUAGUGUUAUGUUUUGUCACCAGUUUUAUUUAAUAUUAUAGUUCUGAUAAUCUUCCGAUUGUGAUUCUUGGCAUCAUUCUUCCCCCGAAGCCACCUGUAGCGCGUAAUGUGACAUCCACUGUUCGUUUAGAUUUCAUAACAAAGAAUUUUUCUAGAUAUAAGCCAACAUCUAGAUUCGAAUGACACGACUAGAAUGCGCUAGUCGCGCUCUAACAUAUAUUGAUGGGAGAUAAACAUUUAUUACAAGAAUUGAAACCAAACCAAUGUAAUCGAUCAAAUAAACGGUUCGCUAAAGAGUCUUGCAUACAAAAAACAAAAACCCAAGCAUAUAUGAUAAACUAGUAGAAGAUAAUUCUUGGUGGAGAAGCUGAGAUUAUUAUCACAUACAUAUUUGCUAGAAGAGGACAGCAUAAAAUGAAUGUUACGAAUGAGUAUUUCUAAAUGAAACAAAAUUGACAAAGUUUAUAUCGAUAUGCAAAGAUAAGUAUAUGUAUUGCCACUCAUUGGCUUCAACCCCCUGUAGCUGAAGAUUUGCAGAAAAGAUAUAACAUAUUAUAUUUAGAUGAGUUUAAAGAAAGCGUAAUCUUGAGAUCUAUUAUACAAAAGUAGAAAUUGUGUUAAUGUGAGUACAGGAAAGAUAGAUUCGGUGGACUUUUUUUUGUUUCUUAACGUGGAUAGUAUAUGAGCUGUGAAGCAACCAACUGAAACUCUAGUUGAAAUAAAUAGAACUCCCUUUAUGUAAAUGUGUA